AUAAAUAGAUGUCAACAACCUAACCUCAAAUCAGUUUAAACAGCAAUAACUUGUAAAUUGCAAGACAAUAAUGAUUUUGAGAAAAAUAUUAACUCAUUCACAAUUUUUUUUUUAUCGUAAGCAGCUUAUACCUCCAGUUGUUAAUUUUAUCAGAUAUAAAUCGUCAGAGGUUGAAAAAGCACAAACUGCAUCAAAGGACAAACAAAAAACAACAGUUUUUGACAAAAUCAUCUCAAAAGAAAUCCCCGCAGAUAUAAUUUAUGAAGAUGAUAAAUGUUUGGCUUUUAAUGAUGUAAAUCCUCAAGCACCUGUACAUUUUUUGGUGAUUCCAAAGCAGCGAAUUCCUAUGCUUGAUGCAAUUAAAGAGGAUGAUAGAGACAUAAUGGCAGAAUUAAUUGUCAGAGCUCAGAAAUUGGCAAAAGAACGUCUUCCAAAUGGCUAUAGGUUGGUGAUAAAUAAUGGAAAACAGGGCUGUCAAUCGGUUUAUCAUUUACAUAUACACAUACUAGGAGGGCGUCAACUUGGGUGGCCCCCUGGUUAACAUUUAAUGAUUUUUUGUAACAUUGUUGUAUAUAGACAGAUAAAUAAAUCAAAUAAU